GUUGGCAUGGCCAAAAAUAAACCCCCUGCUCGAAACGAUGAGCGGCAAUGUUUGCCAUGUGUUCAAGGGUUUUGUUUGCAGGUUUACAGCUUCGGGUUGGUUCAGCGGGGGUGGGACUCAUGAAUAUGUGGGAAGAUAUUUUCUCGUCAUGACUUUAAUACAAUUUUAAAUGAUCAUAUUUUGCCAAAUGUUAUGGUCAAACCAUGCCUUUGAAUAUUAACAAACAAUCAUGAAAUCUCUACUGACACUGCUAUAAGUAAAGCAAGCUUUCUUGAAGCAAGUUAGUAUGUUCUCCAACUUGUCACACAAAACCGUCCCAGAAUGAAAUCUUUCUAUUCCCUUUUCCUUGUAAUGUUUCUAACAAAAUUCACUUCAAGUACUUUGGAAGAACCCCUGAAUGCGUGCAACGGCCGGAUUAUCGGAGGCUACCAAGCGGACAUCUCGCAGAUCCCGUUCCAGGUGGCACUGAACUUAAAUCGUGGUCCCAGCUGUGGAGGAUCGUUGAUAUCCAGUCGCUGGGUUCUUACGGCAGCUCAUUGCGUACAAAGACUAGGUACCACGGAUGGGCUUCAAGUGAGGAUCAACUCCACAUACGGGUUGGCCCAUGGCCGCGUAGUUAACAUUGAAUCAUUGGUAAUGCAUCCAAAGUACAACCCAUUAUCGAUUGACUAUGAUUUUGCACUUUUGGAGCUUGAGGAGGAGAUCAAACUGGGUGAGGAAUUUUACGCCGUGGAAUUGCCCAAGCAGGAUGAACCGGUCGAGGACGGAACAUGUCUGCAGGUUUCCGGCUGGGGUAAAACGGAGGACGAAGAUUUCGGUUCAGAAGAUUUACGGUUGUGAAUUGGGAGAAGUGUCGCAAAAAGUUCAGGAAAAUUAACUAUCUGACCAAACAGAUGAUCUGUGCUGGAAGCGAACAUAUUUCGGCUUGCCACGGAGAUUCGGGAGGUCCACUGGUGGAUGGCAGGAA